CCAGUCGUGUCCAGGGAGGUGAUGGACCUGAUGAGUGCGUCGUCCAGCUUGUUUGCGUUCCUCCGGGAGCUCCCCUGGUGGCUGCUGUGGGGAGGGGUCUUCCUGCCCGUGGUGCUGGUGCUGCUGCUGGUGAUAGCACACCUGGAGUGGAAACUACAGGAGACGGAGGCGGCGUUGCUGGCGGCCCCGAACCCCCGGGAGACGGCUCAGCGACUCAGUCUCUCGUACAGCGGCAACCGCUCCCUGCUGUCUCCACGGCGACAGGCCGGCCUGCGCGUGCACACCUGAUGGAUGGCUACUGGAGGCCUACUGUGCGCUAACUGGUUCAGGAGUAAACCAGCUGAAGUUAAAGGGGUAUGCCACUAUUUUGGGGCUUACU